AUGUCUUCCACGAAAGGUCAAGAUCAAGAUAAGGUUUUUGGCCCGUUAAAGAAGGAAUGGUUGCAGGAAAAUGGAUAUAAAGGACAAAGCGAGGACGCCAAGGAGACACAAUUAUUUAUAGAAUUAAGGACUUGGAUUAGUGAGUUCCUUAAAGAAAUGAAUGAUAAAGAUGGUAAUGAUAUGGCUCAAACAGGAUGCGCACAAAUGAAUAAUGGAAAGACGAAAUUAACAGAACAAGAAUUAAGGGUAUGUGAAUUCAUUUUAAAAAAUUUGUUGAAAAUAUGGAAAUUGGGAACAGGAACAAACAAGAAGGAAAGAAUUAAUAUAAAAAUGAAAAAACACAUAUACUGUACAAUAAUAAAUUCAUGGUUACAUGAGUACAUGAAUGUAAAUUGUGAAGCAGGGAAUAUUAUGAAAAGUGCAUAUGAUGCAAUGGAAUACUUGUGCGAGCUACUUAAUCCGGGGGGGGAAUGCAAGGAAUGUGAGUACAAACAAUUGGAACCUAUGGUAAUAUUAACUAAAAUCAGUAUGCUACAACAUAUUCGCGAUGAUAUAAGCAAAAGUAGGGGAAUUAUGGAUUUAAUAAAUAAGAAGUUCCCGAAAAAAACAUGUCCAAAACAGCAAAAGAGUCUUGUAUCGGCCACACAUCCACAACAACAUCCAAAUGUAGCAGCAGCAGCACCGGAACCAAAAAAAAUGACCACACAGCAAUUCCAUUUCAUCUCCAAAUUAUUGACAAAAUGGAUAAGAAAGCACGGUAUGGACAAAGUGGACCAAUUUGGGGAUAAAGUGUGGGCUGAUUUCAAGAAAAUAUUUGAUGAAUUAAUUAAAAGGUUGCAGGCACAGGAACCGGAGGAAAUAAUGCACCUUUGUGGCAGCAUUCCUGGGUGGCAUGAUGAAGUCAGUACGCCUUAUAAAAAAGAAUUAUGUAAAGGUAUGGUACUAGUAAAAUAUUUUAUGAAUGGAAUCAGGGGAAGAGAACAAGGGAAGAAGACAGAAGAACCGGUUGUUGAGAAAUUGACUGACAUAGAGGCCUACCUUAGAUGUUUAGUAGGAACAUUAACUAUGCUGGAACUCUAUGGGGACCACUGCAAAUUCGGGGAAAUUGCAAAUUACAUAAUGGAACUGAUGAAAGGAACGCUUAGCGCAUACCACCUCGAUGGGAAAUAUGAGAAGUGUACAGAAGUCGACGCGGGGAGUUUAACUAUAGGACAGAAAAUUCUGGGGAAUGAGGUUAAGAAGUGGGCACAGGUAGUUAAAAGGGGGGGUGAUAGGAAAAUAGGUUUAGUAGAUCAGAGUGGUAAAGUCUAUUGUAAGUUAGAGCAGCAUCACAGUAAUAAAGAGGAACAGAAGCAAAAAGAAGAAGAAAGUGUUACAAUGUUACUUGGAUUACCAGAUAAGAAAGUAUUGGAGGAAUUAAGGCGUCCCAGUAAUACUUCCUUAAAGGAGAAUGUAAAAAGAAUAGCGCAAAAGGUAAAAGAGAAGAGGAAAAGUCUAAAAGAGAAGGAUCCAUGUUAUAAAAACCAACAAGGAAUAUUUGCCGAUGACGAAGAAGAACUCACUAUUGGUGAAUGGUUCACAAGAUUCUUUAAUCAACCAACAAGGGAUGAUGAGAAGUAUAAGCCUGGGAAGUAUGAUUGGAAUAAGUUCAAUAUCUGGGCAUCUGUAUGUGACAGCAGUUAUUUAGAAAAGGGAUAUGAUGCAGAUAAAUAUAAGGAUUUCUGUAGAAUCAUGUUGAAGAAUUUAAUGAUGGUGACUAAUAAAAGUAACCAACAUGAACCGAAGAGUAAGGAUCCUGCUUGUAAGGAAAAACAUAUACCCCCAUGCGACUUAUUAAAAGUAUGGAUGCUACAGAUGAAAGCGCAGUGUGCACCGAAAGAAGUUAUAGACUACGUUUUUGAGGCUAUGGAUAACUUAAGCACAGAGUGGGAGAAGGAAGAGAAUUAUGUGAAAUGUGAAUAUAGGAAAUUCACCAAUUUGCGUAGGGGAGAAAACAUAGAUAUGGUGUACGAACUGCACAGCUUAUUACAGAGGAGUGUUAUUAAGGAAGGGUUAGGUACACUGAACAGUAAAGGGUGGUGUGAAGAAAGUAAGAGGCAGUAUGUAGCUAAUGUGCUAGCAGGUACAGUGCAUCCUCGCCCUGAUGGGAGGGCAGAUAACGGAGUAAUCAACAAUAUGGAAGAAAUGAAGGAAUUGCAAAGUACUGUUGGAAAAGUUGGGAACAUAUUGAAGGAGGAGGAAAAUGCAAUGUCACAGAUUUUGGGCGAAGCCAUUAACGAAGUCAUACCAGACGCACUGAAGGAUCCACAACCACCGUCUAAUCCAGCACCACCUUCACCAUCUGUAGAGAAAGGUGAAAACUGUAAGGAGAAAGGAGACUUAUGUGAUCGUGUAAAAUGUGUAUCAGAAAAAUGGCACCAGAAUAAGGGGCAACAGGGGACCAACAUAAAUUGGGACGCAAUUAAGAAUGGCAUUAGCAAGGAGGUCACAGAAAUGUUUGGUGAAAUAUCUACAAAGUACGCAAGUAUGAAAAGUUCCUGUACUGAUUCAGAGCAAACUAGUAAAAUAGUCACUGCCCCAGAAAUAAGAGCAUGCCAAUAUAUUACUUCGGGGUUACAGUACAUUUACGGUAUUACGGAAGACGACGUGAAGCAGGAAAAAAACCCUGAAGAUAACCGAUUAUUUAAGCAAACUAUGUUAUGCUUAGUUCUAAAUGCUUAUGCAGAUGAAUUGGGAGAGCAUGUUAAAUCCCCCUGUAAGGUCGAUGAGAAAACAAUAAAUCAAGCAUUUGAGAAGGGAAAUAAACAGAAAGACAAUUGGUGUGCGGAAAAAAUGAAGGGUACGGGUGGUGAUUGUAUAAAGUGUGAAAGGAAACCUAACUUAAAUUGCACAGUUGGAAAAGACAGCAACACAUACAAUGCAAAAAACAAAGUGAAAGAACUGUUCAGUGGGACGAACGGUACCAACAUACAAAAAACACUAACUGAUAUAAAUACUAUAAAUGAGAACUCCUUAUGUGAUCGCGUCCAAUGUGUAAUAUCACAGUGGACCAGGGACAGAAGGGAAGAGGAAGAGCACAAAGCGCAAGGGAAGCGCAAAAAGUUUUGGGAGAAGGACAGUUGGACAGACAUUCCAAAUGCCUGGACACAACUUAUUGAGAAAAUACCUACAGUGAAUGUGGAUGCUGACAAGGAAUGCAAUAAUAUUGCAGUGCAAGAUGACGCCACGCUCGCAGCGAACAAAGAAGCAUGCAAAUACGUAACUAGAGCAUUCCACCAUAUAUAUAGCAUUCAGACGGACAACCAGAAAACGGACAGUCAAGCGAAGAAUUAUCGGAAAUUUAAACAAACUAUGGCCUGCGUAAUGUUAAAUGAAUUCGUAAGGAAGCUGGAAGAGCAGGUACAACCUUUCUGUUCCAUAGAGGAAGGCAUAAAAAAGGCUUUCGAGCUGGGAGCACAAAAUAAGAGCACUUGGUGUGCUGAUAAGAAGAAUGGUGAUUGUGAUCUUUGCAAGAAGGAGGACUAUAAAAAUUGUCAAGUGGGAGGGAAGAAACUGUCGGACGAAGUAAAAAUGAAACUUGAAGGGCAUAAAGACAUAAAGACAACUCUGUAUACUAUAGAUACUUUAUGUAAGCAGAGUACACAACCGAAAGCUAAGCAAGAACCGUCGGAACCGAAUAUUAAGGCAACUGAAAGCACUUAUAGAAAAGAAGAUGAUGUAACUUCAACAGGUAGGAUUCCACAGGGUAUUAACAAUUUCAAGGGUCCACCUCUGGACGAUGAUGAUAAUAAUAGUAUAGGUGGUGUGAAAUGUGUUGGUACUGGUUGCGGCAAGUUCGACGAUGAUGAUCAAUUCAGUCGGGGUACUUUCGUUUUACCAGGUGGUAAGGCAGCUGACGUUAGCAUAAACCUCAUCUCCACACCCGUAAUUGCAGGUCCCACUGUAGAUGGUAUAGGUCCUGUUAAAAAGGAUAAAGCAGUUGCUCCGGCCAUUUCCACUUCAUCGGAUCCAGGAACUGCCCCUGAUGCCGCUCCUGCUCCUCAAGAUCCAGAUACAGGAACUAUAAAGACUCCCCAGACGAAUGGCCUAUCACUACCGAACCCACAGAGCCCUAAGAGGAAGGAGGAAUCGACACUCCAAAUUCCAGGCCAGAAUUACAAUCACAUUGAUAGUAUUAUAGACCCACCUGGCUCUGUUUUCUUCGAUAUUGACGAUGAUAGUUCAUUCGAAGUAUUCGGCGGAGCCUACAUGCCUAGGAAGACUACCCCUGCUGCUACGAAAUCAGAGGAUUCCGGGGAUGACGCAGACCAAGUGCCUAAACAGGGGGGCGCUGAUCAUUCCGCCAUGGCAUCUAAUCCAGCAACAGGACACAUACAGCAUGAUCAGAAAGUUCCACCUGUGCGGCCGGCCGGGCCAAGUUCACCUAGUCCACUAAAACCUAACGAAGUAGUAAGGAACUAUUUUUUCCUCGGUAAGCGAAGAAAACGUUACAAAAGAGCACAUCAAGUACGUGGUCCAGCAACUUUGGAAGAACAACUCCCUGAUCAUGGGGACCACCAAGAUUGUCCCCAUGAAUAUACCUUAGUAAAAAAACGCAGACAACCCAGAUCUGUUCCAACAAAAACGAAGAAGCCAAAAGAACGAGUUCCUGGUCAUCGUGGUCUAGGUCGACGCAUGAUUAUUGAUAUUCAUUUAGAAGUCUUAGACGAAUGUCAAAAAGAGGACCUCCAUUCGACGAAGGAAAACUUUUUUGAAAUUUUGGUUCAAGAAUUUAUUGGAAGCGAAUUCAUAAAAGAAGAAUAUGUUCCUGAGGAACAAGUUUCUAUGGUUGAUGUUCCGAAGGAACUGGUUCAAGGUUCAGAUUCCAGGUUUAGGGAGAUAUAG